CUUGCAGCAUAGAGGGAGGUGAUUUUCUCACUCCGUCUGGAAUCUGAAGUUGAAUUCAUAAGAACACACAAUUUCAAAGACAUGGGCUGUAGCGAUUCCAGUUUCAUCAAAGAUAAGAAAUCUCCGAAAGUGAUAAAAGCUGCAACAAUUAUCCAGAACUGGUACAGAGGCUACAGUGCUCGCCUGAAGGCUAGACAACGCCAUGCUCUCACCGUUUUCCAGUCCAUCGAAUAUGCUGAUGAACAAAGCCAAAUGCAGCUAUCCAACUUUUUUUCGUUUAUGUUGGAAAACUAUACAGAUGAACGUGAGGAAGAUCCAGAAUUAAUAGCUCGACUUUUUGGUUGCAACUUACCGGACACUAGAGAGGACUAUGUGAAGAUGAUAGAUGUCCCGGACUCCUACGACGGUCCUCGUCUGCAAUUCCCACUCACUUUUACUGACAUUGAAUCACUUAUUGAGGGCUUCAAGCAGCAAAAGAUACUUCACCCUCAUUAUGUGUUAGCGGUGCUGUUUGAAGCGAAGAAAGUACUGAUGCAGAUGCCAAAUAUCUCUCACAUAAGCACUCUCCUGUCCAAAGAGAUAACAGUCUGUGGUGAUUUGCAUGGGAAACUGGAUGAUCUUUUCUUGAUCUUCUAUAAGAAUGGUGUCCCCUCAAACGAAAACCCAUAUGUUUUCAAUGGUGAUUUUGUAGAUCGAGGAAAAAAUUCCAUAGAAGUCCUAAUGAUCCUGUUAGCGUCUUUGCUUGUCUAUCCUAAUGACCUGCACUUGAACAGAGGGAACCAUGAAGAUUUUCUGAUGAAUCUGAGGUAUGGCUUCACAAAAGAAAUUAUGCAGAAAUACAGGGUAUAUGGAAACGAAAUCUUGAAAAUAUUAGAAGACGUCUAUACCUGGCUCCCCAUCGCUACAAUUGUUGACAAUGACAUUCUGAUCAUACAUGGCGGGUUAUCAGAGUCCACAGACUUGAAUUUACUCCACCGAAUAGAAAGAAACAAAAUGAAAUCUGUACUGAUGCCACCAAUUCCAUCAGACGGAGACUCUGCUAUUGAUCUUAAGAUAACUAAAGUAGGUAGUGAGAAAAUCAAAACAAGUGUAUCCCUUUCUGACCAGUUAUUACAGCAUGAAUGGGAACAGGUUAUUACUAUAUUUUCCGCAUCGAAUUAUUACGAAGAUGGGAGCAAUCGAGGCGCUUACCUCAGACUGAGUUUUAAUACACUCCCUAAAAUUUUUCAGUAUCAAGUAACUAAGGCAACGCACAUAAGGCCUCUUUACCAAAGGGUGAAUACUGUUGAAGGUAGUGCCAUCAGGAUGUUAAAAGAGAGAAUAAUAGCACGAAAAACUGACCUUGUUCAUGCUUUUGAACUUUAUGACCGCAAUAAAUCAGGAAAACUUUCUCUGAGCCAGUGGGCUUUUUCCAUGGAGAGCGUUUUGGAGCUUAAUUUACCAUGGAGAUCACUGAGCACGCGUCUGGUACUCACCGACAGAGAUGGAAAUGUUGACUACAUGUCCAGCUUCCAGAAUAUCCGCAUUCAAAAACCUGUAAAAGAGGUUCAUUCCACUCUAAUUGAGACUCUCUACAGAUACCGAUCUGACCUACAUAUUAUAUUUAACAUCAUUGACACUGAUCACUCAGGCAUGAUCUCCAUGGAGGAAUUUCGCACCAUGUGGAAACUUUUCAAAAUGCACUAUGGUGUUCCAGUUGAUGAUUCUGAAGUUGAUGAGCUUGCCAACAAAAUGGACUUAAACAAAGAUGGAAGCAUUGAUUUUAACGAGUUUUUAAAGGCUUUCCAUGUAGUGCAUAGAUUUGACCCAUCACGUAAGUCAAACAAGCCUGUUGUCCAAGAAUGA